UGCACGUUUUYCAAAAUGGACGCCGAUCUUUAUGAUGAAUUCGGCAAUUACAUUGGUCCUGAGUUGGACAGUGAUGAUGAAAGUGAUUCAGAGGAAGAAGAACGUGAACAAGAGGAUGACGCUUUGGGGGAAGGAUAUGAAGAUGAACAGAUGGACCAGGAUGAUGAACCAAGAAUGCAAAUUGUUCUUCAUGAGGACAAAAAAUAUUAUCCAACUGCAGAAGAAGUGUUUGGGCCAGAAGUAGAGAAUGUUGUUCAAGAAGAGGACACUCAACCCUUAACAGAGCCUAUCAUAAAACCUGUCGCAAAAAAGAAGUUUUCAUUGAUUGAGCAAGAAUUGCCACUGACUUCGUAUGAUAUUGAGUACCUUGCUGAUCUAAUGGAUAAUCCUGAUCUUGUGCGAAAUGUUGCACUAGCUGGUCAUUUACACAGUGGAAAGACAACAUUUUUAGAUUGUUUAUUUGAGCAAACACAUCCUGAACUGGUUCCACAGGAAGGAAAAGAUCUUCGUUAUGCAGAUUUCUUGUUUACAGAGCAAGAAAGGGGACUGAGCAUAAAAAGCACUCCAGUCUCUCUUGUCCUACCAGACACUAAAGGAAAGUCAUUCCUGGUAAAUGUGUCUGAUACUCCAGGUCAUGUGAACUUUUCAGAUGAAGUAACAGCAUCAUACAGACUUUGUGAUGGAGUUAUGAUUUUCAUUGAUGCUUCAGAAGGGGUUAUGCUUAAUACUGAAAGACUUCUAAAACAUGCCGUCCAAGAACAGUUAUCAGUGACAAUUUGUAUAAACAAGAUUGAUCGACUUAUGCUGGAACUAAAGCUUCCUCCAACAGAUGCUUAUUAUAAACUGAAGCAUAUUGUAGAUGAAGUCAAUAGUUUAUUAAGCAUUUUUGCAGAAGAUGAUAAUAAUCUUAUAGUUUCUCCACUUCUUGGUAAUGUGUGCUUUGCAAGUUCUUCAUAUGGAUUUUGCUUCACACUCUUCUCGUUUGCAAAUCUUUAUGUGGAUAGUUUUGGUGGAGGAAUCAACCCCAAAGACUUUGCCAAUAGACUCUGGGGUGAUAUGUACUUUAACUCAAAGACGAGGAAAUUUACACGAAAAGCACCAUUAAGUACUUCACAGAGAAGCUUCGUUGAGUUCAUUUUAGAGCCUCUGUACAAAAUAUUUGGACAGGUGGUUGGGGAUGUCGAUACUACUCUUCCUGAUGUAUUGGAUGAGCUAGGUAUUCGAGUGACUAAGAAAGAGAUGCAGUCAAAUAUUAGACCACUGUUAAAACUUGUCUGCCAAAGGUUUUUUGGAGAUUUUACAGGUUUUGUGGAUGUGUGUGUCAGUCAUAUUCCUUCUCCAAGAGGAAAUGCCAAAACAAAGGUUGGGUACAAUUAUACUGGUCCUCUUGACUCAGACAUUGUUGAUUCUAUGUAUGAGUGCAAUGCAGAUGGUACAUUGAUGGUUCAUACCACUAAACAAUAUCCAUCUAAUGAUGCCACAGCAUUCCAUGUGUUUGGACGUGUAAUGAGUGGAACAUUGUAUGCUGGCCAGCAAGUGCGAGUUCUUGGUGAAAACUACACAAUGGAAGAUGAAGAGGAUUCUAGAGUUGGUUUGGUUGGAAGGUUAUGGAUUUCUGAAGCAAGGUACAACAUAGAGGUGAAUCGUAUUCCAGCUGGGAACUGGGUUCUUAUUGAAGGAAUCGACCAGUCUAUUGUCAAAACAUCUACCAUYACAUCAGUAGCUGACAGUGAAGAGGCAUACAUCUUCCGUCCUCUUAAGUUCAACACUUGUUCAACAAUCAAGAUUGCUGUUGAACCUCACAACCCUUCAGAACUCCCCAAGAUGUUGGAUGGCUUAAGGAAAGUCAACAAAAGUUACCCAAUUUUAACAACAAAGGUUGAAGAAUCUGGUGAGCAUGUUAUUUUAGGCACUGGAGAACUCUACCUUGACAGUGUUAUGCAUGAUCUACGCAAGCUAUAUUCUGAAAUAGAUAUCAAAGUUGCCGACCCUGUAGUUGCUUUCUGUGAAACAGUUGUAGAAACUUCUUCACUUAAGUGUUUUGCUGAAACUCCUAACAAAAAGAAUAAAGUCACAAUGAUUGCAGAACCUUUAGAGAAAGGUUUGGCUGAAGAUAUUGAAAAUGAAAAAGUUUUAAUCACAUGGAAUAAGAAAAAGCUAGGUGAAUUCUUUCAAACUAAAUAUGACUGGGAUUUGCUGGCUGCUCGUUCAAUCUGGGCAUUCGGACCAGAAAACACAGGACCUAAUAUCUUAGUAGAUGAUACACUACCUUCAGAGGUGGACAAGAGUCUGCUGAACACUGUCAAGGAUUCUAUUAUUCAAGGUUUUCAGUGGUCAACCAGAGAAGGACCGCUUUGUGAUGAGCCUAUUCGCAAUGUUAARUUCAAAAUUCUUGAUGCUGUUAUUGCUGGUGAACCUAUUCAUCGUGGUGGUGGACAAAUCAUUCCUACUGCUCGUAGAGUGGCGUACUCUGCUUUCCUUAUGGCCACACCUCGUUUGAUGGAACCAUACUUCUUCGUUGAGGUCCAGGCCCCAGCUGACUGCGUAUCGUCUGUUUACACUGUACUUGCACAUAGAAGAGGCCACGUMACACAAGAUGCACCCGUUCCAGGCUCUCCAUUGUACACAAUCAAAGCGUUUAUUCCAGCAAUCGAUUCAUUUGGCUUCGAGACGGACCUUAGAACUCACACUCAAGGGCAGGCCUUCUGUAUGUCUGUCUUUCAUCACUGGCAGAUUGUUCCAGGUGAUCCACUAGACAAGAGUAUAAUCAUUCGUCCCCUCGAACCUCAACCCGCCACUCAUCUUGCAAGAGAGUUCAUGAUAAAAACUCGUCGACGAAAGGGUCUUAGUGAAGAUGUCAGCAUCAAUAAGUUCUUCGACGAUCCUAUGUUGUUAGAGUUGGCUCGACAAGACGUUAUGUUUAACUAUCCCAUGUAGCAUUGCGAUCACUUGCUCACCUCCUACCCAGCCUACGCUCUGAAUWGUAAAGCUAUARAGCAUGGGGACAAGGCUGUUCAAUUUGUAUUUAUAGASAUUUACCUCUCUACCUAUUGAAGUUUAGAGAAGACCCACUGGCAGGAAAUUCACAGCUAGCAAGAUCUAAGAUCUGUGAUAUCAUAGUUAGACCUAUGGUAAUAUCUACACCAUUGUAAAUUUUUUAUGAAGUUUGUAGCUAAGGUCAUGAAAAUAGAAGGUUUUUUAUAUAAUUUAUAAGCGUUCUUGUCCUUUUAUUCAUACAAAUGUAAUCUGCAUUCGGUUCUAAGGUGGCCUCGCGGGAAAAAUUGAUAGAUAGUACCUUGUUUUCCACACUAAGUGACGUCACAUUCGCUAUUUGAAACUUUCCCAAGCCYACAGCCUUGUAAAAUACAGCUGCGAAGGGGGUCAUAGACGGGAGUGUAAGGAACCCAUAGACACAGGGUUAGGCAUGGUACGAGAAAGUAGAAUCUGUACGAUAMAGACAUUCUUUGGGGAUAUAACUGCGUAAGGUUCAAUAUUUUAACUUGCAAGUUUAAUUAAUUUGCAAACAUUCUUCAUAAGGGAUAUAUACCAAUUUGAGAAUAAAAACAAAAUAAAAAAUU